CAUGGCAACAUGUCCUCCCAGCUCCAGCCUUUCACCAAAAUAUGGUCACUACUGGUUCCAAAAAACAAAGAUGAACAUUAGUCCACAAACUAAUGAGCGAUGUCAGUGUGGAGCUGCUCACAGAACUGGACCAGAACCAGCUCUCCUUUCACAGAACUGCAGAUUUAUUGGCUCCAGUGUUCUGUCUCUUUAACGCCUCCAUGUUGUGAUGAUAAUAUGGCCCCGCCCCUCUCACCGGGCGGGGCUCACACUGCAACACAGCACCCACAACAGCAUCCAGUACUGCGCACAGAACCAGUACCGGUACUACUCCUCAGUACUGACAGCAUCCCGACUGAGACACGAGGAGCGACACGGAGCUUCCAGCAAGCCCAUUGGACAGAGAUCAGGAUGAGUGGAGGCGUAUCCGGGUGGAUCCAGAAGGAACGGCAGAAGGCUGGAGGUCUGGGCUCAGUCCAGCAGGCUGUACGCUACCAGAACCAGGACUUCCAGGCCCUGAAGGAGGAGUGUCUGCAGAAUGACUCCUUGUUUGAGGACCCAAUGUUCCCUGCAGAACCUGCUUCACUGGGCUUCAAGGAGCUGGGACCGUUCACCGCCAAAACCAGAGGGGUGGAGUGGAAGAGACCAACGGAGCUGACAGAGAAUCCUCAGUUCAUCGUGGGCGGAGCCACCAGGACAGACAUCUGUCAGGGAGCGCUGGGUGACUGCUGGCUGCUUGCUGCGAUUGGCUCUCUGACUCUGAAUGAGCGGCUGCUGCAUCGCGUCGUUCCUCACGGCCAGACCUUUAACCGCCAAUAUGCUGGCAUCUUCCAUUUCCAGUUCUGGCAGUUUGGUGAGUGGGUUGACGUGGUGAUCGACGACCGUCUGCCGGUCAAAGAUGGAGAGCUGCUGUUCGUCCACUCAGCUGAAGGCAGCGAGUUCUGGAGCGCUCUGCUGGAGAAAGCCUACGCCAAGCUGAACGGCUCGUACGAGGCAUUGUCCGGUGGCAGCACCACUGAGGGUUUUGAGGACUUUACAGGCGGUGUGUCUGAAAUGUACGAACUGAAGAAAGCUCCCAGAGAUCUUUAUCGUAUCAUCGGCAAAGCUCUGGAGAGAGGAUCACUCCUGGGCUGCUCGAUAGACAUCACCAGUGCCUUUGACAUGGAGGCGGUGACUUUCAAGAAGUUGGUUAAAGGCCACGCCUACUCUGUGACUGCACUCAGAAAGGUGGAGUACCGCGGUCGACAGGAGAGUCUGAUCCGCAUCAGGAACCCCUGGGGUCAGGUGGAGUGGACUGGUGCCUGGAGUGACAAUUCCUCAGAGUGGAGCUCCAUUGACUCUGCAGAGAAAGACGAGCUGCUCUGCAAGAUGGAGGACGGAGAGUUCUGGAUGUCUUUCCAGGAGUUCCUUCGUCAGUUCUCCAGGUUGGAGAUCUGUAAUCUGACCCCGGACGCUCUCAGUGAGGACUCCACCAGUUUCUGGAACACUACGAUGUUCGAGGGUGGCUGGAGGAGAGGAAGUACCGCUGGAGGAUGCAGGAACCAUCCCAACACAUUCUGGAUCAACCCUCAGUAUAAAAUCUGCCUGCUGGAGGAGGAUGACGACCCCGAGGACGAUGAGGCGGCCUGCAGCUUCCUGGUGGCUCUGAUGCAGAAAGAUCGCCGCCGCUACCGCCGUCAUGGCCAGGACGUGCACACCAUCGGCUUCGCCAUCUAUGAGAUUCCUGAAGAGUACCGAGGCUGUCACAGUGUCCAUAUGAAGAAGGAUUUCUUCCUGCGUCACUCAUCCUGCGCUCGCUCAGAGACCUUCAUCAACCUGCGAGAGGUGAGCGCCAGGCUCCGCCUCCCGCCCGGCGAGUACCUGAUCGUCCCGUCGACCUUUGAACCCGCCAAGGAGGCCGACUUCGUCCUAAGGGUGUUUACCGAGAAACAGUCGGAGACCGACGAGAUGGACGAUGACGUCGUGGCAAACUUUGAUGAAGAGGAGGAAGUCACAGAGAACGACAUAGACGAAUCCUUCAGGUCCAUGUUCGCUCAGCUGUCAGGAGACGACAUGGAGAUCUCAGUACGGGAGCUCAGGACCAUCCUCAACCGAGUGGUGUCCAAACACAGAGACCUGCAGACUGACGGCUUCAGUCUGGAGUCCUGCAGAGCCAUGGUCAGCCUCAUGGAUAAAGACGGUACCGCUCGACUCGGACUGGUAGAGUUUCAGAUCCUCUGGAACAAGAUCAGGAAGUGGCUGGGGAUCUUCAGAGAGUUUGAUCUGGAUAAAUCCGGAUGUAUGAGCUCGUACGAGUUGCGCCUGGCGUUGGAAAAUGGCGGGUUCAAACUCAACAACAAGUUGUAUCAGAUGCUGGUCGCUCGAUACGCCGACAGUGAGAUCAUCGACUUCGACAACUUCACCUGCUGUCUGGUCAAACUGGAGGCCAUGUUCAAGACCUUCCAGGAGCUGGACCGAGACGGGACAGGAAGUGCAGAGAUGAACAUCAUCGAGUGGCUGUAUGUGACCAUGUGUGGCUGAAGAAGACUCUGAACUUCAAAGUGGCUCCAACAGGAAGAGCGACCUGCAGUACUACAGUACUGUGUGGUACCCCAGUACUGUACUGCUGUAGUCGCUGUAGUACUCAGUCUUCCAACAUGACUACGGAGUCUCACUGCUGCCAGAACAGAACACGUUCACAUACUUCAGACUCUAUGCUGAACCGUUAUUUCACUGAUUACCAGAGAGGGUGAUGGGAGUUGUAGUCUCUUCAUCUGUUUGUGUUCAUAGCUGCACAGAGGUCAGAUAUUUAAACACAAGGACGUUUUAUUGGCACAUUACAUAUGUUCAGACUCAGGAUGCUGCAGCUGACCGACACACAAAGCACCACAUCUUAUUAAGUAGAAAUGCGUGUCUUCAUUUAAUUCAGCAUUCAAAGCUUUGAAGAGUCACACUUAAUUAACAACGUGACAGACAUUACUGAGCUUUAAUGUGAAAACUAGCCACAGGAAGUGCUUUCAUUAGCAUUAACUCAAAGUUGCUCCACAAAGUGUGUAGUUUUUCAUUAAAGCUCAUCUAAUGUUCCUGUUUAUUUCUGCUUCUCUGUUUACAACUUCUUCUCUGUCCUGUUGUGUUGUUUACAUGUAACGAGUGAUGGGACUGCAGGACCAUGAAACAACAUUUAAACUGAACUUGAACCUGCCCGCAGUGAGCCUCCGUACUCGCAAACACAGUACUACAUAUACACAGUACUGCAUAUACACAGUACUGCAUAUACACAGUACUGCAUAUACACUGUACUUCAUAUACACUGUACUGCAUAUACACAGUACUGGAUCAUCACUGCAUGAUUACUGCAGUACUACACUACAGUAUCACAGUACUGACACGAACGCGCUGCUUUAUUUAUGCACUGACGGCCUUCAGCCUGCUGCAGAUACAAACAUUAUCAAUACCUCUAUUAUCUAUUGAUUUAUUUAUUAAUGACACUGAGCUACUGUCUGCUGCCUCCUCCACCACCUCUGUUAACUAACCACCUCCACCGUCCUCCUCCACCAAUCAGCCUGAGUCACCGCUGAGGGUGUCCUGUGAGGAGGCGUUCAGGGUCAGCUCAGACGAACAAGCGCUGAUGUAGCAGAUCUGUCAUGUUUUCUCUUAUUAAAGGAAACAAAACAGCUGA